AACACUGUCCCUUUAAAAACGUCAGGAAAAGGGAACGGUUUAUAGUGCACUAAAGUAGUUUGCCUUUUGCCCGAUAAACAGAAUGUAACUGAGAGAAAUGGCGAAUGUACGAGCACGUCGCUCCGCGGGAACUCCUGGAAAGCGCGGAAAACAUGACGUUUCUGGAGAAGACGAGGAAACAUCUGCCUUAUUUCUUAAGUUAUUUGCUGCAGCUUUUUACGGGAUCUCUUCUUUUCUCAUCGUCGUCGUUAACAAAAGUGUUCUUACGAAUUACAAAUUCCCAUCCUCUUUAGCACUGGGAAUUGGCCAGAUGUUUGCUACCGUUGUAGUUCUGCGAGCAGCAAAAGCAUUAAACAUGAUCAGUUUCCCAGAUUUUGAUUGGCAUGUACCUUACAAGGUAUUUCCACUCCCUUUACUCUAUGUGGGAAAUCAGUUAACAGGCCUUUUCGGAACCAAACAGUUGAACCUCCCGAUGUUUACUGUGCUCAGAAGAUUUUCCAUUUUAUUCACAAUGCUGUUUGAGGGAUACCUGCUAAAACAGAAGUUUUCAUGGUCUAUAAAGGCAACUGUAUUCACCAUGAUUCUGGGUGCUUUUGUUGCUGCAAGUACAGAUUUAGCUUUUGACCUCCAAGGAUACGUGUUCAUUACACUUAACAACAUUCUGACUGCUGCUAAUGGAGCCUAUAUGAAACAAAAACUGGACUCCAAGGAACUGGGAAAAUACGGGCUCCUGUAUUAUAAUGCUUUACUCAUGAUCAUUCCCACUAUUGUUUUAGCAUACUUCACUGGAGACGUUCAGAAAACUUUGGAGUGUGAAGUUUGGGCUGACUAUUUCUUUGUCAUUCAGUUUGUGUUAUCUUGUGUGAUGGGGUUUAUACUGAUGUACUCGAUUAUGUUAUGCACCCAUUACAAUUCUGCUUUGACGACUACCAUUGUGGGCUGUAUCAAGAAUAUCUUAGUGACUUACAUUGGGAUGGUGUUUGGUGGAGAUUACAUCUUUAGUUGGAUGAACUUUGUCGGCCUAAACAUUAGCAUUGCUGGUAGUCUAGUGUACUCAUAUAUUACCUUCACUAAGGAGCAAAAAAAAACAAGUUGAUGGAACAAGUUUCAUUUGGCACAGUAGAAGAAUGUCUACAAUACUCGUGGAAGUCAAGAACCCACAGAACUGGCUACAAUUCCCAGUGACCUGAAGCUUUUUAGGCAAUUCUGGUUCUGCCUUUGUUUUAUGGACCACUUACAUGUUGCCAUCAAAACAAUAAUUUGCUGGAUUAACAAAGAAAAAAGAAUGAUUAAAAAAAAAACUAGAUGAAGUUAAAUGAUCAUCUAAAUGCAGUAUUUCUGUAGUUUUGUAAUAAAUUAUUUUAAUGGUUUUAUGAUAUUUAGAACAAGAUUUUUAAAAUAAAGAGUUAAAACACAA